AUGCGAUCCUCGGCUCUUUACCUCGCCUUGGCUGGCCCCAUCGCUGUCCGCGCCGCUUCAGGAACCGGCCAAUCCACGAGAUACUGGGACUGCUGCAAGCCGUCUUGCGCUUGGGGUGGCAAGGCGUCCGUCAGCGCUCCCGCCCUUACUUGCGAUGCCAACGACAACCCGAUUUCUGAUUCCAAUGCUGUCUCCGGCUGCAACGGUGGCACUUCCUAUACCUGCAGUAGCUAUUCCCCCUGGGCUGUCAGUGACACCGUUGCCUACGGCUUUGCCGCGACUGCUAUCGAGGGAGGCUCCGAGUCAUCCUGGUGCUGUGCCUGCUAUGCUCUCACUUUCACAUCCGGCGCUGUCAAGGGCAAGACAAUGGUGGUUCAGUCCACCAACACUGGAAGUGACCUGGGCAACAACCACUUUGAUCUCCUGAUGCCCGGUGGUGGCGUUGGUAUCUUUGACGGCUGCACCUCUGAGUUUGGCACCAGUCUCGCUGGAGCGCAGUACGGCGGUAUCUCUUCACAGAGUCAAUGCGACAGCUACCCAGCCAUCCUCCAGGACGGUUGCAACUGGCGAUUCGACUGGUUCGGUAACUCGGAUAACCCGAGCUUGACCUUUGAGCAGGUCCAGUGCCCCACCGAGAUCACCAAUGUCUCUGGAUGCACCCGAGAUGACGACGGUGACUACCCUGUCUUCAGCGGAGCCGGUUCGUCAAAGGGCUCAUCUUCUUCUUCUGCUGCCGCUGCCGCAUCCUCGGCUAAGACCUCGUCGGCCGCUGCUGUGGCGUCUAAGGCUUCCACUUCGUCCUCCACUGCCGCUGCCGAGAAGACCACAACUACUGCGAAAGCUGCGUCUCAGGCUGCCCAGAAGCCUGUAACUUCCGCUGAGACCAAGGCCCCUGUCGCUGAUAAGCCUAAGGCUUCCACCUCUAAGCAGACCAAGACCAAGACCAAGACCAAGGCCGGAUGUUCCGCCAAGAGCUACACUGCUACUCUGGGGGCUUCAGCCACUGCAGUGUCUGCUGCCUCGGCUUCCACCUCGACCGUUGCCAUCUACCACCAGUGUAACGGCGCCGCCGAUCAGUUUCCCAACGGCGCUCUGGCUUGUGCCAAGGGCAGUACCUGUGUUUACUCGAACGACUACUACUCGCAGUGUCAGCCUAAUUAA